AUUUGCAGGGCGCAGGAGGGCUUGAGGAGGGGGCUGCAGAGAAGGAGCUGCAGGAGGGGAAAAGCUUGCAGCAGCCGGAUCCUGGGAAAGUCUACUUGGAAGGAGAAGCCUCUCUUUAGAGCCAAGUGAAUAAAGGCAAGUUUUCUCAGACAGAGGCGGCUCAAGAGAAAUGGAAGGAGAUGGAAGAGCAGGACACGGAACUGGCAAGAGAGCAAGAAAGAGCCCCCAUCCCACCCAACCUGGAAGUGGUGCUGAAUUCUGGGAAAGGGCUGGGCCAGAGAUCUUGGCUAAGGACACCAUGACUUCAGAUGUGCAGUGCCAACACUUCCGGCAGUUCCGCUACCAUGAGGCCGAUGGGCCCCGAGAGGUUUGCAGCCAGCUCCAUGGACUUUGUAGCCAGUGGCUGAAGCCGGAGAGCCACACCAAGAAGCAGAUCCUGGACCUGGUGAUCCUGGAGCAGUUCCUGACUCUCCUGCCCCGGGAAAUGCAGUGCUGGGUGAGAGGAUGUGGGCCGGAGACCAGUUCCCAGGCGGUGGCCCUGGCCGAAGGUUUCCUCCUGAGUCAGGCAGAGGACAAGAGGCAGGCAGAACAGGUGAGGGGGAGAUUCCCUCCAGGUGUGUCUAAUUCAAGCAAGAAUAUCUGA